ACAGUUGUCAUAGGAUAGUGUGACCUUCUUAUCGCGCUGUUGAGGUCCUUCGGGUCAAUACAAAUUCUGAGUUUUCCCGACGACUUCCUGACAACAACCAUACUGCUAAUCCAAUCUGUUGGGGUUGUCACUUUCUGUAUAACACCCUUCUCUACGAGCCUUGUAAGUUCCUUACGCAAGUCUUUCUUAAGUGCUUCAGGCACUUUCCUGGGGUGAUGUUGAACCGGUUUAACUGUAGGAUCUAUGUCGAUCUGAUAAUCUCCCGGCAAUACAUAGAUCCGACCUGUCAAUCAAACCGAUAUUAUCGACCAAUCAAAUAAUUCCCUGUACCUCAGCCCGGUCCGCUGUUUUUCCGUCCGCCAUAUUGUCCCACAAGCGACGGUUGUCCCACACGUAUGCAUUGGAAGUAAUUACAAACAUGGUUCUACGAUGUGCAUGGGGUACAUGCAGUGCAGAUGAGAGAUACCCACAACGACUCAAUGGUGCAAGACUUGUUUUAUUUCCGAAGCCGAAAACCAAUCUUGAUAAAUGCCUACGAUGGAUAAAAGCGUGUGGACGACCGCAUGAUCAACUCAAUGUCGACAGGAUCAACAAACACAAAGCAGUGUGCUCUACGCAUUUCGAAGGAGGCAAAGGACCAUCAACUCUCUUUCCUGAUCCAUUACCAGCUGAUGGCUCAAGAACAACUCCAGCAAGGCCAUUGCCAAAGAGAAGAUUGCAAUACUCUGACAAAGAUUCAUCAGAAUUGGAUGUUUAAAAGAGGAAGAAAUUGCCACUGAAUGAAAACAGAGA